CCGGUCGGUACGGGAACCCGGAAGGGCCGGGCUCCCCGCCCCGCCUCCCGCGCGACUAUUGACUGGAAGGCUGGGGUAGGAGCUCGCAGAUGGACCUGGUUGUCGGCCAGCGAGCAGCAUGGAGGCGCCCUGGGGGAUCGGCAACGCCGAGCGGAGCUGGUACCUCUCGGCCCAGCAGUCCGAAGAGGCGGAGGCGGAAGAGUUGAGCCCGUUGCUAAGCAACGAACUUUACAGACAGGGAUCCCCAGGUGUUUCAUUUGGUUUUUCUGUGUUUAAUUUGACAAAUGCCAUCAUGGGAAGUGGCAUCCUUGGUUUAGCUUAUGUUAUGGCUCAUACUGGCAUCCUUGGAUUUAGUUUCUUGCUGCUGAUAGUUGCUCUCCUGGCUUCCUACUCAGUUCACCUCCUGCUAAGUAUGUGUAUUCAGACAGCUGUGACAUCUUAUGAAGAUCUUGGACUCUUUGCAUUUGGAUUACCUGGAAAGAUGGUGGUAGCAGGCACCAUCAUAAUUCAGAAUAUUGGAGCUAUGUCAUCAUAUCUUGUAAUUAUUAAAACAGAGCUUCCUGCUGCUAUUUCAGAAUUUUUGUCAGGAGGCCAUACUGGGUCUUGGUAUCUUGAUGGACAAAUACUACUAAUAAUCAUUUGUGUUGGCAUUGUGUUCCCUCUUGCACUUCUUCCUAAAAUAGGCUUUCUUGGCUACACAAGUAGUUUAUCAUUUUUCUUUAUGGUGUUCUUUGCUGUUGUGGUAAUAAUUAAAAAAUGGUCCAUCCCUUGUCCUCUGCCAUUAAAUUAUAUAGAACAAUCUUUCCAGAUUUCAAAUGCUACAGAUGAUUGUAAACCAAAGCUCUUUCAUUUCUCCAAAGAGAGUGCUUAUGCCAUACCUACCAUGGCUUUUUCAUUUCUCUGCCAUACCUCAAUAUUGCCCAUAUACUGUGAACUUCAAAGCCCUUCAAAGAAAAGAAUGCAAAAUGCAACCAAUACAGCAAUUGCUUUAAGUUUUCUCAUUUAUUUUAUAUCUGCACUCUUUGGGUACCUCACGUUUUAUGACAAAGUGGCAUCAGAAUUACUGCAAGGUUAUAGCAAGUACUUGCCACAUGAUGUUGUUGUCAUGGCUGUGAAGCUAUGCAUACUAUUUGCUGUACUUUUGACAGUCCCUCUAAUCCACUUCCCUGCAAGAAGAGCUUUAAUGAUGAUGUUUUUCUCCAAUUUUCCAUUCUCAUGGACUCGCCAUUCUUUGAUCACUCUAGCACUCAAUGUUACCAUUGUUUUACUUGCAAUAUAUGUUCCUGACAUUAGGAAUAUAUUUGGUGUGGUUGGUUCCAGUACAUCAACGUGUUUGAUUUUUAUAUUCCCAGGACUAUUUUAUCUUAAACUUAGCAGAGAGGAUUUUCUCUCAUGGAAAAAACUUGGGGCUUUUGUUUUGCUCAUCUUUGGAAUUUUGGUUGGGAAUUUUAGUUUAGCAAUAAUCAUUUUUAAUUGGAUUAGUAAAUGAAACAAAUAUUUUCCCACUUCUUACAAAGAAUAAUUUACCUCUAUAUGCAAAAAGGAAUAAUUCUGUAAAGCACCUUUGAUGAAUCCUUUUUAUAUGGGUAAACAUUUUUAUAAACAUUAUUAACAGAAAAGCAGAACAAAAUGGGAAUAGGUAGCAGAAAGUGGAUUUAUAGCAGUUUUAAUUAACAUAAAAUUCAAAAUGUUCUUUGAUAUGUUAGGUUAACCUUUGUAUUUUUUUAAAAAUUAAUAGACUUUAUUUUUUAGGGUAGAUUUAAUGUUUACAGAAACAUUGAGCAGAAGGUACAGAGUUCUCAUAUAUCCCCUGAUCCCCAACACGCCCAUAGUUUCCCAUAUUGUUGAAAUCUUGCAUUCAUGUGGUGCAUUUGUUAUACUUGAUGAGCCAAUAUUGAUACAGUACUUGUAAAACA